AUGUCUCUCAUUCAGUUGCUGGGAGCGGCAUUCCUGGGUAUUGGACUUUGGGCAUGGGCUGAGAAGACUCGCAACGUUCUUUCUGAUGUGUCUGGCCCACAGGGAGUGCUGUCAAACAUUUCCUCCAUCACAGAUCUGGGCGGCUUUGACCCUGUCUGGCUCUUUAUCGUGGUAGGGGGGGUGAUGUUCAUUCUUGGAUUUGCCGGAUGCAUCGGUGCGCUCCGGGAGAACACGUUCCUGCUCAAAUUUUUUUCAGUGUUUUUGGGUCUCAUCUUUUUCCUGGAGCUCACAGCUGGCAUUUUAGCCUUUGUGUUUAAAGAUUGGAUCAAAGACCAGCUGAACUUCUUCAUCAACAACAAUGUUAAAGCAUAUCGGGAUGACAUCGACCUCCAGAACCUCAUUGACUUUGCUCAGGAAUAUUGGUCAUGUUGUGGUGCUCACGGGCCGAACGACUGGAACCUGAACAUCUAUUUCAACUGCACCGAUUCCAACCCCAGCCGAGAGAGAUGUGGCGUUCCCUUCUCCUGCUGCGUUAAAGACCCUGCCGAGGAUGUCCUGAAUACACAGUGUGGCUAUGAUGUGCGGCUUCAAGGGGAGUUGGAUCAGCAGAAGUACAUUUACACCAAGGGCUGUGUGGGACAGUUUGAAAAGUGGCUUCAGGACAAUCUGAUCAUUGUAGCUGGAAUUUUUGUCGGUAUUGCAUUAUUACAGAUUUUCGGGAUAUGUCUGGCUCAGAACUUAGUGAGUGACAUCAGAGCAGUCAAAGCCAAUUGGUGACGAUUUGCAGAGGGCGAGAGGUGACCGUGACCUCUGUGGGUGACCUUGUGAGAUUAUGGCCGAGAGCAAAUUGCAACAGAACACUGUUUACAUACCAUUGAGCUGGGAAGCUCGGCCCUGUUUAAACCUGUGGACGUUUUAUGUAAGCUGACUUUAUAAAAUGUACUCUCAAAGUAUAAUUAGUUCUUUUUUUGGUGUCUUUUUUAAAAAACAAGCUCUUAUGAAGGCUACUCAGAAGCAGAAAUUGAGAUGACAUACUGAGUUCAAGCAAUGAUAUCUCAGACGCCUCUUGAUCGAACACUACUUUCUUUUGACAUUAUUAUAAUAUUCACCAGACUUUCCUUCAUGUUGGGGAAUAAUGUCGAGCGGAUGGUGUUUUUUUUAACCUGUGGACCAAUUGCUUAUGGGAAACACCACAAAUCAACCACUGAAACUUUAAACAGAGGAGCCAUGAACUAAACAAAGCCUUACUGCAGUACAUUUCUCUAUACACUCGGGUGGGUUUAGCUUUUACACAGCCUUCUGUCUGUCGGCCAGUCAAGUUGAUGGACAGUUGGACUCUUACCUCUGAUUGGCCCUCUGUUGCACAGAGGCAGCCAAUCAGAAUGAUAUACUUGAUAAUUACACAUAAUGCGUUUAUUUUUGUGAGUUCUACCACUACUGUUGGGGAGGUUUCGAAAAGGUUUCUGUUAUUUGUCUGUAUAGCUAUAUCCCCCCCCCCCCCACAAAAUUCUCACUUGUUUUUUUUUGUUGGCUCUGUGGCUUAAAAGAGUAUAAAAUGACUUAACCGCUAUCCCAGACUCGCUUGGGAAUCUUUUCAUUUUCGCUACUCUGCUAGGUUGUAGUGAUAUGCUAUAGUGACACUAAAGUUGUAUUAUAAAUAUGAUGCUGCUUUAACUCAUAUAAAAUAUAUAUCGCUAUACUAACUUUCUAAAGAGACCAUGGGAGGAAACACACUUUAGAUCAUGCACAAACACACAGACUGCUUUGUGAAAUAUUACAUGAAUGCACAUGAAAUGGAUAGACUGUGCAUAUGAUCACAUGCUUUAUUGAGCCCUUUAGAGAUAAUAGAAAAAGCCUAUGGCAGUUACACAGCUUAUGGUCAACCAACUGCUUUUUACAACAGCUUUAUUUACUAUUCACUCUCUCUCUGUCCCUCUUUCUCUCUCUGCGCCUUACGGCAAUAGAGAUGCAUGCUAUUGGCUAUAAAAAAUGCAUGGCAAUGCAGACCUCUUUGAGCAUAUGUGUGUGGACGUGUAUUCAUCACACUACCAUAGUCAUACCAGUGAGUUAUGACCUAGCUGUGUUUAUCCUCCUACAUUCAGAAGAUUUAGCUAUAUUGAGCCGUGAACUUAACACUAAUAAUGUGCAAAGAUAGACGAUAUACUGCUAGAACGUGCUUGGGAGGUGUCAUGCAUGUCAGGCUGAUUUGAUUCAGGCCUGUUUAAUAAGCUCGGAUCAGUUUGAACAUUCUGUAUUAUCUGUGUUAUGGUGUCAAAGUGAAAAGUGAAAUGUGAGAUUUCUUUACUGUGGUUUUGCUGGGAGGGGGGAUGCUGACUCCAUCUCCUGCCUGUGUAUAUAAAAGGGCAAGUCUUUUAUUGCAGAUACAAGACAGAUUACAUUCUAUAGAUGAUGUUAAUCUUCCUUUUGUGCACCCAAAUGCAUUCAUUUCUCAAAAUCUGUCAAAAACAUUUAAUAUUUUAUUAUUUUCAAAUUUCAACCCAAAAUACAAAAGAAAGGAAUGGGUAAAUAAUUAUAUUUUUAAGAUGAAGCCUAUUUUUAAUAAUUAUUUUCAUUACAUUAAGUACAUCCUCCACUCCCCAAUUAUCGUUACCAUAAUGCAAAAUAAAAUCAUUCUCAUUAGUUUAAUAAAAAAUAAAAAUAAUUUUAAUUACCGUAACACAAAAUAAAAAUCAUUUUGAUCAAAAUGCAAAACAAUGACCCAAAUGCAAAAUAAAAAUCAUUCUCAUUCCUGUAACACUGAAUAAAAAUAAUUCUCAUUACCUUAACAUUAAAUAUCAAUUAUUCUCAUAACGGUAAUGCAAAAUAAAAAUAAUUCUCAUUUCUGUAAUGCAAAAUAAAAAUCAUUCUCAUUCCCGCAUUGCAAAAUAAAAAUCAUUCUCAUUCCCGUAUUGCAAAAUAAAAAUCAUUCUCAUUCCCAUAACGCUAAAUAAAAAUGAUUCUCAUUUCCGUAUUGCAAAAUAAAAAUAAUUCUUGUUGCCGUAAUACAAAAUAAAAAUCAUUCUCAUUCCCAUAACGCUAAAUAAAAAUCUUUCUCAUUAUCUUAACGCUAAAUAAAAAUUAUUCUCAUUUCUGUAAUGCAAAAUAAAAAUCAUUCUCAUUUUCGUAACUCUAAAUAAAAAUAAUUCUCAUUACCUUAACGCUAAAUAAAAAUUAUUCAAAUUUCUGUAUUGCAAAAUAAAAAUAAUUCUCAUUACCGUAAUGCAAAAUAAGAAUAAUUCUCAUACCCAUAACGAUAAAUAAAAAUCAUCUUCAUUACCUUAACACUAAAUAAAAAUUAUUCUAAUUUCCGUAACGCUAAAUAAAAGUCAUUCUCAUUACCAUAAUGCAAAAUAAAAAUCUUUCUCAUUACCGUAAUGCAAAAAAAAAAAACUUUCUCAUUAUCAUAAUGCAAAAUAAAAAUAUUUCUCAUUACCGUAACGCAAAAAAAAAAAAAAUCUCAUUAUUGUAAUGCAAAAUAAAAAUAAUUCUCAUUACCUUAAGGCUCAAUAAAAAUUAUUCUCAUUACUGUAAUGCAAAAUAAAAAUCUUUCUCAUUACCGUAACGCAAAAAAAAAAAAAAACUUUCUCUUUAUCGUAAUGCAAAAUAAAAAUGAUUUUCAUUACCUUAAGGCUAAAUAAAAAUUAUUCUCAUUACUGUAAUGCAAAAUAAAAAUCAUUCUCAUUACUUUACCGCAAAAUAAAUAUUAUUCUCCUUAACAAAAUGUAAAAAAAAAUAAUUUUCAUUCCCGUAAUGCAAAAUAAAAAUAAUUCUGAUGACCCAAAUGCAAAAUAAAAAUCAUUCUUAUUGCUUUAGCGCAAAACAAUUAUAAUAUCAUGACUGAAAUGCAAAAUAAAAAUCAUUAUCAAUGCAUUAAUGCAAAAUAGAAAUCAUUAUCAAAAUGAAUGAAUGAAUGAACGUUACAUUUAUAUAGCGCUUUUCUGAUACUAAACUCAAAGCGCUUUACACAGUGAACAGGGGACUCUCCUCAGCCACCACCAGGGUGCAGCAUCCACCUGGAUGAGAUGGAUCCAAAGUGCGCCAGUAUGCUCACCACACACCAGCUAUUGGUGGAGAGGACAGAGUAGAGUUACAGAGCCAAUUAAUAGAUGGGGAUUAUUAGGAGGCCAUGAUUGAUAAGGGCCAAUGGGGGAAUUAGAAAUGCAAAAUAAAAAUAAUUCUCAUUAUCAAAAUGCAAAAACAACCCAAAAAAAAAACAUUCUCAUUACCAUAAUACAAAAUUAUACAAAAACUAUAUAUUAUUUAAUAAUUUAUAUAUCAUGCUAGUAUUUAUUGUAGUGCAUUUAAUGCUGAUUUAAAUAAUAAACAUCAUUUUAUUGCACUUUUUUUGCUGUAAUUCAGUAGUUACAGUGUUACAGUAAUGAGAACCAUGUCUUGAUUUAUUACGGUAAAGAGAAUUUAGAGGGGAAAUGUGCUUAAUAGUAAUGACAAAAUACAAUAAAUUAUAACUGUUCUAAAAAUAGGAAUCAUUUUCUUUAUGCAGAAUAUAUUUAAUUAUUUUGGGGUGAAGAUCUGGACACAUUUUUGUUGAGUUUACCCAAAUUUGCUGUUUAUGUUAUGUUUUUCUCUCUCUCUCUCUCUCUCUCUCUCUCUCUCUCUCUCUCUCAUAUCAUGCAAUGGCCUUUUUCUAUCUUUUACUUUUGUUAUUUUAUUUUUUUUUUUUUUUUUUU